UGUGUUUUUCUUGGGAAAAGCAAGAAGACAUGACAGGCACAGCUCUCUUUUGAACUUCAACUUUCCAAAGGAGAAUGGAUUUAUAAAUGAGGAGGUUCAAAGCUUUGCGCUCUAGGGGCCGCUGGCAGGGCCAGGGAAUUGUUGGUUGAAAAACACCGUUAGGAUCACUGCUAGGGGCCAGGGGGUGUGCUUCGCCAGGGUUUGGAGGAGGAGAACAAGGAGUGAGGGAUGGGACGGGCGGGGGCACGAGAGGAUGGUACGUGAAGAGUUACUGGAAACGGCCUUCCGUGGGAGAGCUGGGGGUGGGGAGGUGAAAGGUGGUCUCAGCCUCAGCGCGGGGAGGUCAUGGAGCGGCGGCGCGAGCGGUCGGAGCAGCAGCAGCAGCGAGCGGGACGGAGUUAGGACCGCUCGGAGCGCCCAGGUCUCGAGGUAGUGUAAGGUUUGCAAUCCUUCCACUUGCUGGCAGUUGCAGAAGAAGAUCUGCUUUUAAGUGAAACGUUCAGGCCACCCCUCCGAGGGCUGCGGCUUCCCGGGCUCGCUCCUUUCUCUCUCCCUCCUCCGGCCCUCGCGCUCACUCUUUAAUUUGCACGCGCCCCUAAGUUUGCCGAAAGCUCGCUGCCACUCGGAGCCGGUCCGGCUAGGCGCAGCGGGCGGGGGCGGGGAGCCCGGGAACCGCAAUCCAGAAGCAUCGUGGGCCAUGUAUAUUUCAUCAAAUGGACUUUGGGUGCGUCGCGUCUCACAGCCAUCAACGCUAUGUGCAGUGACAUUUCUGACUUGAGUGGAGGAAUGCGCGAAGGAAGCCCGGGCGAAAUUGUUACUAGAGGAUCUUCUUGGCGCCAAUGCUAAUUGUCCUGAUUUAUGUCCCUUCUGACUAAGCUCAACGUCUUCAUCUGAAAUAAAAUGAAAGCUGUGCCAAGCGAGGUAGAACCGCCCGGCCGCUGGUUCUGAUCCCCGGGAAUCAGGAAAUCGUCCUGCAGCUUAAAAAAAAAAAAAAAAAAAAAAAAAAAAAUUAAAAAGAGAGAGAGAGAAAUAGAAAUAGGAAAAAAAAAAAAUCCCCAGUAAAAGUUUAAGGCGAGAAGUGGCAGAGGCAGUGGCGCGAGGAGGCGCGGAGAAGAGCCGGCAAGCGGGGGACUGGGCUGGCAAGACCUCCCGAAGGCUGCGAUUUCAUUAUUAAUAUCACUAUAUUUUUGGAGGGAGAGGCACCUUUCUCAUCCUCUCUUCCUCUCCGCCCACCCCUGUUCCCUCCCCCUCAUCUACCUGUCAAAGUCACCGAUCUUUUGCAUUUCCGAAGAGGACGUCAACGGGAAGGAAUUCCCCCUCUCGGCGAGGGCUCCGAGAGGGGGCGACGCGCAGGAGGCUCCCCCUCAGGGGCCCGCGACGAAGGGUGUUGGUGCCAGAAGGAAAGAAUGAUUGAUGAGAAGCAGACACCUGGCUAUAGACACUCAUCCUUUUGCUUCAGAUACUGAUAUCCUGGUGCGUCUGAGCAUCCCUCGUGAGCCGUGGGCACUGAGGAUCACCCAGGGUUAUCGGAUGUACGGCAGGAGAGCCAUCACUUUGCUAAAUCAUUCUCUGCCACUGGACAUCUUUUACAAACACCAAACCAGACGCGAGUCUAAUAGAUAUGUUCUAGGACAACAAAAAAGCGGCAAGUUAUUGUCAACGCCUAACGUCCAAGUAUGUUAGGCUUCCACCAAAGUCCUCAAUAUACCUGAACGCACACAAUAUCAACCCUUCGCUUUUAGAUUUGGAAUCUACACUGAGGUUUCAUCCUCUUUUUUUUUUUUUUAAAUAUACAGACCUACCUACAUAUAGACAUAUAUGUAUAUGUAAAAUAGACCUAGCUCACAGAUAAUCAAACCCUGCUUUAUUACUGCGAAGAUUGCCAAGAAUUUAGAGAUGUAUUUGUCAAGAUUCCUGUCAAUUCAUGCCCUUUGGGUUACAGUGUCCUCGGUGAUGCAGCCCUACCCUUUGGUAUGGGGACAUUAUGACGUGUGUAAGACUCAGAUUUACACAGAAGAAGGGAAAGUUUGGGAUUACAUGGCGUGUCAGCCGGAAUCCACGGACAUGACCAAAUAUCUGAAAGUAAAACUAGAUCCUCCGGACAUUACCUGUGGAGACCCUCCUGAGACAUUCUGUGCAAUGGGCAACCCCUACAUGUGCAAUAAUGAGUGUGAUGCAAGUACCCCUGAGCUGGCGCACCCCCCUGAGCUGAUGUUUGAUUUUGAAGGAAGACAUCCCUCCACGUUUUGGCAGUCUGCUACUUGGAAGGAAUAUCCCAAGCCUCUCCAGGUUAACAUCACUCUGUCUUGGAGCAAAACCAUUGAGCUCACAGAUAACAUAGUUAUUACCUUUGAAUCGGGGCGUCCUGACCAAAUGAUCCUGGAGAAAUCUCUCGAUUACGGACGAACAUGGCAACCCUACCAGUAUUAUGCCACAGACUGCUUAGACGCUUUUCACAUGGAUCCCAAAUCUGUGAAGGAUUUAUCACAGCGUACGGUCUUAGAAAUCAUUUGCACCGAAGAGUACUCUACGGGAUAUAUGACAAAUAGCAAAAUAAUCCACUUUGAAAUCAAAGACAGGUUUGCAUUUUUUGCUGGACCAUGGCUACGCAAUAUGGCUUCUCUCUACGGACAGCUGGAUACAACCAAGAAACUCAGAGAUUUCUUUACAGUCACAGACCUGAGGAUAAGGCUUUUGAGACCAGCAGUUGGGGAAAUAUUUGUAGAUGAGUUACACUUGGCACGCUACUUUUAUGCGAUCUCAGACAUAAAGGUGCACGGAAGGUGCAAAUGUAAUCUCCACGCCACUGUGUGUGUGUAUGACAACAGCAAACUGACCUGUGAAUGUGAGCACAACACCACAGGUCCAGACUGUGGGAAAUGCAAGAAGAAUUAUCAGGGCCGACCUUGGAGUCCAGGCUCGUAUCUCCCCAUCCCCAAAGGCACUGCAAAUACCUGUAUCCCCAGUAUUUCCAGUAUCGGUAAUCCUCCAAAGUUUAAUAGGAUAUGGCCGAAUAUUUCUUCCCUUGAGGUUUCUAACCCAAAACAAGUUGCUCCCAAAUUAGCUUUGUCAACAGUUUCUUCUGUUCAAGUUGCAAACCACAAGAGAGAUUGUGAAUGCUUCGGCCACUCCAAUCGAUGCAGUUAUAUCGAUCUGCUCAAUACAGUCAUUUGCGUGAGCUGUAAACACAACACUAGAGGGCAGCACUGUGAGUUAUGCAGGCUGGGCUACUUCAGAAAUGCUUCUGCACAGCUGGACGAUGAGAAUGUGUGCAUAGAGUGUUAUUGUAACCCUUUGGGCUCAGUCCAUGAUCGUUGUAAUGGCUCAGGAUUUUGUGAGUGUAAGACGGGAACGACAGGGCCUAAGUGUGAUGAGUGUCUGCCGGGGAAUUCCUGGCACUCCGGCUGUCAACCGAAUGUCUGCGACAAUGAGCUCCUGCACUGUCAGAACGGAGGGACGUGCCACAACAACGUGCGCUGCCUCUGCCCAGCCGCCUACACGGGCAUCCUGUGUGAGAAGCUGCGGUGCGAGGAGGCGGGCAGCUGCGGCUCCGACUCCGGCCACGGGGCGCCCCCGCCCGGCUCCCCCGCGCUGCUGCUGCUGACCGCGCUGCUGGGCACCGCCAGCCCCCUGCUGGUCUAGGCGAGCUACGGGCCACCAGCCCGGCCAGGGCCCGCCGCGGCGAGGGGGACCAGGGGGGAGGCCAAGGCGACCUGCAAGCAUUCGCUACCAACAACAUAGGAAACACACACUCAGACACCCCCACUCCAACACCGUGUACAAACUAAGAAGGCCUAACUGAACUAAGCCAUAUAUCUAUCAGCCGCGGACGGCACACCCGAGUCAAGACUGUUACAUUUCUGACUCCGGAGAAGUUGCCAGCUGUCGAUAAUCACCGCAAAUCAGCCGGCCCGCUGCGGAGCUUCUCGCCGACUGGGAAGGCUGCGACAACCCCCCACCCACACAGGAAAGACAACAAACAAAGCAAGCAACCUAAAACCAUUCGCUGCUCUCCCGUGGGGUGCCCCGGCACCACUGGCCCGGUGUGUGGACCAACCAAAUAGAAGCGUUCCUUGCUGGCAGUGCACUGUGGGUAUAAGGAAGUCUGUUACAAGCUGCCAUAUUGGCCUGCUUCGGUCCCUGAACCCUUUCCAACCUGUGCUUUAGUGAACGUUGCUCUGUAACCCUUGUUGGUUGAAAGAUUUCUUUGUCUGAUGUUAGUAAUGCACACGUGUAACAGCCCCCCUCCAAAAGCUCAAGCCAGUCAUACCCCGUCUAUCUUAGCAGCGCUGAAGUCAUUCCCAGUGCGAGCACACAUCCACUGUCCCAGAGUGGCUCUAGGAAAAAAGAAAGUGUAUCUAUCCUUUUGUAUUCAAAUGAAGUUAUUUUUCUUGAAAUACUGUAAUAUGUAGAUUUUUUGUAUUCUUGCCAAUUUGUGUUACCAGACAAUCUGUUAACGUAUCUAAUUCGAAGCAGCAAAGACUGACAUUUUAUUUUGUCCUCUUCCGUUCUGUUUUUGUUUCAUUGUGCAGAGACUUCUCUGUAAGGGCAACGAACGUGCUGGCAUCAAAGAAUAUCAGUUUACAUAUAUAACAAGUGUAAUAAGAUUCCACCAAAGGACAUUCUAAGUGUUUUCUUGUUGCUUUAACACUGGAAGAUUUAAAGAAUAAAAAUUCCUGCAUAAAUGAUUUCAGGAAUUUGUAUUGCAGUUUCUUAAGAUGAAAGGAGCAGCCACCAAGCAGUUCCACACUCACUUUACUGGUUUCUAUGUGGACUGAAUACAUUCAGCUGACGAUUUAGUACCCAGGAAGAUGGAUUGAUGUUCACUAGCUUGGACAACUUCUGCAAAAUACGAGACUAUUUCCACUUGGGAAAAAUUGUAACAGCAAAAAAAAAAAAAAAAAAAAAAAAAAAAAUUCUAAAUGAUUGCCAAGAUCAUGCCAAAGCCUGUUGGCAGAGUACUAAGAGACUUUGAUUUUUAAGUCAUGCUAUUUUCACAGAUUGAUGUGAUCAUGUGACUCUAGGGAUGCUGAUCUCUGUACCUUCACAAAUGCAGUGUUUACAUGGAGUAUCAUGAGAGGCAACCUGGAGAACCAGGAAGGUGGCAGGGAAAUUGAGUGAUUAGCUAUUUGAUUGAAUAUAUUCAGACUUAGCAUUUAGAGGAAAUAUCAACAUAUACAGCAGCAAGUUAGACAUAACUGCUGUUCCUGAGAAUAAAGUUUGUUUUAAGUACCACCCAAGGUGUAAUAAAUUGUUUCUGCCUUUUAUCAGGCCAAUGAAUGUGCCAG